UGCCCGCAAGGGCGUAUUCGGCAAACUUGGACGAAGCUCAAGCAAUCACGAGAGCCAGACGCCAAUAUCGAACGAGCCCUACGUGUGCAAAAUCAUUCACAAGCCAUUGAUUGAGCAGACGAGGCUGACACGAAUAUCGACCCGCCUGGAACAGUCACGCGACAAGACUGAGUUCUGGAUGCCAGCUCUGCCUUGGCGGUGCAUAGAGUAGCUAUCUGAACAUGCGGGGCUGUGAAGAGGAAGGCUUGUACCGCGUCCCAGGGUCAGCCCAGCAGGUCCGAUACUACGAACGCAAAUUCGAUGAAGACCGAGACAUCGAUUUGAUCAGCGAUCCCAACCUGAACGACCCAAACGUCAUCGGUUCACUUUUCAAGAACUGGCUCCGACAACUGCCAGAUGAAAUCUUUCCAAAAGCAGUCCAGACGGCAAUUCAGCAAGAAUGCCAGGGCGCCAAGACGACGCCGCAAAUGCUUAAGGAUGAGCUCUCGAAGCUCCCACCAUUCAACUACUACCUAUUGUUCGCGAUUACCUGCCACAUUAGCCUGUUGCACUCAUGCUCCGAAUUCAACAAGAUGAACUACAACAACCUGUGCAUCUGCUUCCAGCCGGCAAUCAAGAUCGACGCCUUCUGCUUCCAAUUCCUCAUUCUGGACUGGCGAAACUGUUGGCAGGGUUGUUGGACUGAGAAGGAUUUUUUGACCGACGAAAUCAACUUCCUGCACCAUGUAGAAGAAGUUGAGUCCCAGCAGCAGCAACAGCAGGAACAACAACAGCAACAGCAACAACAAAAGCAGCAGCAGCACCUACAGCAACAACAGACUCCAUCCAGAAACGGCCCACCUCAAAGCGCUGGGAGAAGCAAAGGCACGAACUCGCCCCAGGUGCCGCCUCCGAAGAAGCCGGCGACGAUGCGGAGUCAGUCUACUGACCAUGUCAAGUCAUCCUCGCGAGGACUUUCAUCUGAGAGGAAUGGACGUGCUACACCGCCGAACCCUUCACUGGUCUUGUCGGAACCCUCAAGCAACCCUGUUCUACGUAUGCGGGGCGGCGGCUAUAGCGAGCGCGAGACGUCGCCUGAGCGAGUCACGUCGUCUUCAGACAGUCGAGAGGGGGUUCACCAUGUGAGAAGCACACCGCGUGCGCCCCCUUCGGUCAGCACCGAAGCGUCCUCAAUCGAUCUAGAUGAGAAUGCCACACCGACUCAAGCACAACAUAGUCGCGGGCCAUCUGAAUCGACGCAAUUUCGAUUGGACCUGCGCGAUCCACCGGGCUCCCCCUUCAACAUCAAAUUUUGACGCGCAAGCUGAGAAGACAGCGGACCAUGUGUUGAGCGCCUCUGGAUGAGGUGACUAUAGAAGAAGGGUUGGAUUUGACUGCUUGGUUUACGCAUGUUCGCUUCGUCCCGUGUGGGCUGCCACGAGGUCGCGAUACCCGUCGUUUGACCACUCUGAGCUCGUG